AGGGGAAGGGGGUUGGGCAAGAAGGGGAGCAGCGGCGACGCCAUGUUUGUGAGGGGCGGCCAAACCCACCCACUGUCUGACUGGACUGACUGACUGGAUGGAACCGACCAAGACGUUGCUCUGCUCUCCCGCAGCUCAGCUUUAGUCAGAAAGGUUCAGUUGUUACGUACACUGUACAGACAGCAACUGAACACCAGGUGACCCGAGAGCUGGAUCAUGGCGGCUGCUUUAUCCCUGGUAACCUUGGAGGAAGAGUUGACCUGCGCUAUUUGCCUCGGCAUUUACACGGACCCUGUGGUGCUGGAGUGCAAACACAGCUUCUGUCGAGCCUGUAUCGAGGAGUUCUGGAGUGGGGCUGCCCCAGGCACUUACUCCUGCCCGGAGUGCAGAGCAGAGACCAGCGAGAGGCCUGGUCUGGAGAAGAAUUUCAAGCUGGCGAGUAUAGUGCAGAAAUACCUGGCUCUGCAGAGCUCUCAGGAUGCUGUUCUCUGUAACUACUGCACCGAAUCUCCGCUCCCGGCCGUCAAAACCUGCCUGAAGUGUGAAGCCUCCCUGUGUCCCAUUCACCUCAAGCACCACAGGGAGAACUCUGUGUUCAAAAGCCACAGCCUCACAGAGCUCACCACUGAUCUGUCCCUGUGGAAGUGCCCAGAGCACCAGAAGUCGCUGGAGAUUUACUGUAAAGACGAUAAAGUCUGUGUCUGCAGCCUGUGUGCUUUAGUGGGGAAGCACAAGAACCACAACUGUAGCAGCAUCAGCGAGGGAGAGAAGGAACUGAGGGAUCAUUUACAAUGUCAGUUGGAGAGGAUCAGGAGCAAUACUGAGGCUGUUCAAGCAGCUCUGAACCUUCAUCACAAAGAGAAACAGAACACGCAGAGUGAGAUCCAGGAAGCCAAAUGCAAAGUGAAAGAGAAAUACAAGUUACUGAAGAAAAGUGUUGAGGAGGAAGAGAGAAAAGUUCUCGAGCGUCUGGAGAAUGAGGAGAAGCGUGUAACUGAACAGACCAACACUAAGAUCUUCCAGCUGGAGAAUCAACUGAAGGAAUCUGAAACGUCUUUAGCUGCUUUGACCAGUGUUUUGAAGAAGAAUGAAGAGCUUGUGUUUAUACAGGAGUUUCAUUCAUUGGCAAAUAGGCUGAAAGAUGUGUCUGAACCACUCAUUCCGCCCGCACCGUCUCUGUGGUGGACAAAUCAAUUCUUGAAAAGCUGGCAAACUGGGUUCAGAAGCAGUACGAUGCAGUGGCUCAGAUGCCAGUUACAGGGCGACGUGAACAGAUAUCGAUCGGUCUCCCAUUCGGUCGUUCCUGCAGCUGAAAUAGCAGCUCUGAGGCCUGCUGUGCGUGUGAGGCUUCAGGCUGGAGAGCACAUGCUCUUAAACCAGUUUAUCCGUCAGCAUUCGGACGGACAAACGCCGUCUCUCGAUCCUGACACAGCAAAUCCCAAACUCAUCCUGUCCAACAGCAACAGGACUGUGUCGGUGUCUGACCGCACAUGGCCGAUUCCGAACAAUGUGAAGAGGUUCGACCUUUGGCAGCAGGUUCUCGGCAGUGAGGGAGUGAGCUGCGGCAGCUCUUACUGGGAGCUGCAGGUUACAGGGAGCGAGUGGUGGGGGGCUGGCGUCUGUUACGGUAGCCUGAGCCGGAAGGGUGGAGGUGCCGAGUGUUUACUGGGAUGGAACAAAAAGUCGUGGAUACUGCGCUCGUGGGGCGGGUUACUUACAGUUCGACACAAUUGCAAAGAGAUUAAACUGGCAGCGGGAAUGGCCUCCAAAGUGGGUGUGUUUGUGGAUUUUGAGGCUGGGGUCAUCUCGUUUUACAGUGUGUCAGGCAGCAACCUGACCCUGUUACACACCUUCCAGGAGCAGUCGUUCCCCGAGUCCCUCUACCCGGCUCUGUGGGUUUAUGAUUAUACAAAGCCUCUGUCUCUGUGUGAUCUGAAGCAGUGAUUACAUUUCCUCGCUGUUCCUCUGUGGCAGAUUCCCCUUUAAAUCCUUAAUUUUUCCCUUUUGUCCCCAACCUGAUCUUUCCUGGGUGUGUCUCCUUCACGAACAGUAUUUGCUGCCCGAUUGCACCGAUCACACAAAGAUUGUAAUGUGUGAGAUGUAGUAGCGGUAAAGGCUCCCUCAGUUGAUUCUCAUCAUUAAACUCUUGCUGCCUUUAGCUUAUCACUUUAGCUGCAGAAUUCAACCUUUCUUACGGAGCCUAGAAAAAAUUAUCCAAAAAGUUUUGCAAAGUUAAUGUAAAAAUAUUGUAAGGAAUCAAAUAAAUCCAGCGUUAUUGGAAAGUUCACUGCAUGUUACAAUUUUACACACUAAUUUAUUUCAAGACACUAUAACGAGCGUAAAUAUAAAAAGUUGGAAGACACAAAAAAGUAGUGCAUUAAAAAAAAGAUGGAGCAGAUAACACAAGGUGUCAACCUGGCUCAGUUGCUAGCAUUCUCGCCUCCGAAUCUACAGUGUUGUGGGUUUAAGCCCAAUGUCUUAACUUUGAACACAUAGUCCAUACUGACACUUCAGGGGCUCAAUAAAUGAAAAAAAUGUUUACAAAAAAUACUUACAGGUCAAGAGCAGUAGCCGUCUCUGUAUUGCCCUCUGUGCUGGGCUCUUCACCAGCAGUCAUGCCGGAUUCCAAUUAAAAUAAUAUAAAAAUCGCUGCAGCUUUUGAAUAUAAACUAUCCCAAAUUCUGAAAUGUGCGAUUCCUUCAGGUGGAGAUUCCGCGUGUAAAUGUAAAAGCAGCUCACGCGGUUCAAGUUAAUCCAAUCUCUCUGCCACUGCUACUCGUUGCAUUGCUGGAAUGUGUAAAUAUAGCCCAUCUCCUACAGUCUCCCACUCCCCUUCACAGAGAUCACACAUACUCGGAGAGAACCCUCUCCCAACAUCGCUAUUUAUCUAAAAAGGCUUUUUCGUGGAAUAUGGCGGCAGUCUAGUUGUGAGACGGGAGAGAAUAACAAUGUACUUUUUUUUUAAGUUUAGACUGGACACAUGGUCAGUUGUGUUCCAUGGUUUACUUUCACCUGUAGAUAUUGUGUUUCCACUUACAAAUUUGAACUCUAUUUAAGACCUUUUACUGUUGGAUUCCAGUCCUGCUUUUUAUACAGCAUUACGGGGUUCUCCAGAUACAAACUGCAGAAUACAUCAGUCCCACAUUUCAAAAACUCCAGACCCAAACAGACCUUUUUACGUUUGAAAGCUGGUCCCAUAGCAGGGAGGAACUGAUCAGAACAGAUAUACAAAAUGAAUAAGGUUCUUUAUGUUAUGUGUGUAUGUAUGUGAUUAGCUGUUUGACAAUAAAGCUGAAAGCUGUUUUGUUGGAAAA